GUUGGGAAGUUAAUAAUGAUAUGCCUAAUGGCUUCAACCUAAUUAAAGGCAAAAAACAGUUAGUGAAAUAUGCAUUAUUACGACUCUCACAAGAAAUUUACAAAUAUCCUACAAAAACGGUUCAUAAGAAUCAUGUGCAGUACAAUAAUGUAACAAACAAAAUGGUUUGGUAG